AUGGAUCUUGACAACGUUGAAGAGCCAUUAACCUCUAGUGCGCGUCCUGUGACAGAUUCAAUAUUGACAAUACGUAUUAUCAAAUCGUUUCCAUAUCGAAACGUCAAAAACUACGUUCUUACACAUGUUGAUUUGACUAGAACCAAUGCAAAACAGCUCUUAAGGGAAAUGAAAUUGAUAAUUGAUCAAGACAUAACACUCAAACCUUUUUGCAACGUAAAUUAUGACUCCCUCAAGGUCUACACACAUGCUCAUGGCUUCAAAUCAAUGAAUUUAGUGAUUAAUCUUGACCAUGACAACGACUGGUUGCUGAAUGUAUCAGAUGAGUCGGUGAGCUUGUAUGAUUGUGGGGUUAGGAAUGAGAGUGAGAUAAGCUUGUUCAACAAAGAGGCUUAUCUGAAAUUCAAGUCGAAUCCAACUGUUGAGAAAUGGUGA